AUGCCAGCACGCCGCAAUUCACCAGUCACCGCGGAGGGUUUCCUUCACGACCUAUCCGCUCAGAUGGAACAUUUCUUGGGAUUUCUGGAAGUUGAUCUCACUCCAGCUAUUGUGCAAAUGGGCGCGACAAGUGACUGCUCAAGUGCAGUUGAUUUUAUUUCACAUGGUGCGAGUUCACGCUUGUGGAUCCUGCGCCUACAAACCAUUCUUCGAUGGUCUUCUCUGGCCUUGAGAGAGGAAGAAUGGCUACGAACGCAAGGAUUAGAGCGCGCACUUCCGGGUAGUCAUGUGCGUGGUGUCUGGUCAAUGCCAACUUUCCUUCGUCAUCUCGGGCGUUCAAACGAUCAUAAUGCUUGCAGUGAUCUUCAACAGGGACGAAAGCUUCGGAGGUUUGAGCUUGAGUUUGGUGAGGGAAUCGCUCUUUUGUUGGCUCCAGUGUUGCCUACUUUCCGUCGAUUGCCCCUUGGCGAGGAAGCUAGAGCUAUGCGGCUUCUUAAAGCUAGCCAUACCGAUAUUCUUUGUCACGCAGAGCGACUGCUGGUUUCUAAAUCCAAGUAUCAAACACUGCUUCCGUGUCCAAUACUUCCGAUGCACUAA